ACUACAUUGAGACAUUUUUUUUUCUAUUUUACAGGCAUUUCCUAUCAGGUAGGCAAACUAAACGCAUCAGAGACACGUCAAGGAUGGAAUUGCAACAGCGGAUGCAAGGCUCCACAACAUUGUACACUGCCACGCUGCACUAACGUGGUAUUUCCACACACAUUUAGUGGAUCUGGAAGCGUAAGUAAAACCUAAGGAAUUAAAAAUUACCGUAUUUCCCCCAAUAAUAGCCGCGAGCGACUAUUCGAGGGAGGUGAUUAUUUCAAAUAUUGCUCACUAGAAAUCGUUCCCUAAAUAUUUUGUUUUAUUAUCUAUUAAAUAAUAAUAGAAAAAUAAACACAUCAAAUAUACUAAGCAUGGGUUUUAUAAGUUUUCCAAAUAUGGUUCCUUGCAUUGGCAGGAGCAAUCCUGUUCCUUGGUUAUUUUUCAAUGUUAAUAUCCUUUGCGUUAGAGCUUGAAUCGUCACUGAUCAGUUUUGCUGGAUGAGAUUCCACUUCAGCUUUGUUUGUUAUCAAACGUGCCAAUUUUUAACUUGGCGGGGAGAGGAUGAAAGAAAGAGAAGAUAGGCAGAGGGGUAGGGGUAGGGAGCGGCUAUUUGAGGGGGCGAUUAAUCAAGGAACGGCUAUUUUUCGAGGAAAUACAGUAGUCUAAUCUUAAGGGUUGGCGGCAACUUUCUUUUGCUAGCAGACCACAAUAAGCUUCUUUAUAAACUAAUGUUUUUUAACAAAUUUUGAUUUUCCAAUUAAAACAAUGAGGCCUUUGUAACGUUAUGACCUGAGAAAAUUUAGUGCGCAUAGGUAUGUUCAAGUGCUCCCUAAUCCCUAGGAUGCGUGUGUUUUCAGAGAAAACAAAACAAUACGAAACAAAAAUGCCAGAGAAUUCUGACAAUAAAAAUAGGCUAGAAGACCUUUAACCCUUUGAAUGGGGUAGGGAAUGGAGGCGGGCGGGAUGCGGUCGAUUUGGAGUGGAAUUAGACUCUUUUCUUUUCAGAUUUAGUGAGAGAAGUGCACCCACACACGAGCGUGGAAGCCGCCAGAAGCGCGCGAGAAACGAGGACGGCAGUCUCGCCCUUUCAGUCACGCGCGUGGUCAGUUGCGUUUCUCGCAUGUUGUGGUCGACGGAUUAAGAAAAAAAGAGACUUCUCGUAGUCUAGGGUUGAAUUGUUGCCUGCAAAUUUUCAUUAAUGCUUAUCUUUACCUAACGCAUUUCAGGUUCGAGUCUUUGUGUCAUUAAGCCACCAAGAUCAGUCAUCAGAUGCAGUUCAUUCACCUUCCGCCGUGUGGGCAGAGUCCGUAAGUACAGCUGGAUUUCAGUUAUGCUCGCGUGCAACAGGCUCUACAAAUGACACUGGCAUUAUCAACUGGGUAGCAUUCCAGGACAAACCCAUGUUAACGCAUGGAAGCGUUACUUUUAGCGGAAUAUGGACAACAGAAACAAAGUGUGAGAAGGUGGCCUUUUCUCAGGUUAGACAACAAUAAUUGAUAACAAGUAUUUAAUUUUGUUAUAAAGGUGUAAAACGGACAUAGCAAAGUACAUUGCUAAAAGUCUUUUUAAACUUUCUCUCGGGCUUAGUUUCAAACUUUUCCUUCCAUCGCCUUUAGAUAAGCCAUUUUCAUGUUUUACUUUGGAGGUAGUGAUUGAAUAAUGCUUGACCGUUUUGAAUGUAUUGAUGUGUUAAAGGUAAUUUGGAAAAUAAAAGUCUAUUUUUUUAAUGAUAUUAAACUUUUAGCAUUAAACUUAACACAGUUGGCCGAAAAGGAACAUUGUUGUUUGUAACUUUAUUUAAGUAAUGGGCCAAAUAAGAUGCAUUCACCAAUAUUUUCAACACUUCGUAGAAAGAGGUGAAAAAGGGGUAGAAUAUUGAGUUAAUGGGAAUAAGACAAGUAGAUUUAAUUAAUCUUCUCCCCUUAGCCUUUGAUAAAUCCUUAAUUUCAUUUAAGUGCCGCUAAGUACUUCAUGGACACGUUCCUGCUGAUUUAUCUUUCGAGAAGCUUGUUUAUUUUUCAAUCUAUAGUUUUUGACAUAUCUAACAUUUUUUUGCAGAGCUUUGCUUCCAAGCCUCGUGUAUUUGCCUCUGUUAAGUACACUCGCAGUACAAAGCCAAAUGACGCUAUGUACUUAUGGUUAGAGAACGUCAACUCUGGAGGAUUUGAAGUGUGCUUAAGGGAAUUCUUGCCCUUUGAUGGAAAACACCAAGAUGCAGUUGUGGUAAGUGAAGAAAAAUGUCCGAGAAACUAUAGUAUUGAUGAAAACAAACAAACAAACAAAAAAACUUGACUUGCCACACUUCGGCAGCCCGGAAACGCAAUUAACCAAAACGUUUUUGACGCAAUUAAGGUCAGUGUCGUGUCUCACGUGUCUCAUGCAGUCAUUUCUUGUUAAAGGAAAUGUGGUUCGAAACCUGACGCAACUCGUCUUGUAAAGAAAAGGGUAGCAAAUUAAACAUUAUUUUCUUGUCCACAGGACUGGUUUGCAUUCACUGGAAAUGGGAGUCAACUUAAUUUCACAAUAAUUGGGGAAGAAAUCUUUCCAAACAGUGGAAAUCCAUCGGCCAAAAACAACUACGGCUUCUGUCAGGUGAAAACUUUAGUUCUAACAAGAACAUUUAGCAAGCCAAAGAACACUGAUUUUUUAGUGGUUAAGUUCACACUAAAGAAAACUUAAAAUACAGUAAACCCAAGCUUACCAGGCCAUGCUAAUCGACAUUGUAUCCAAAAUGGCAAUUCCCAGAUGAGCGCGACAUAUUUAUCUCGCGAUUUUGAUGUUCGCAUAUUUCACGAUUCUUAAAUUUCGUGACUUUGCGAGAAUUUUAUAUUUUGAAUCUCUUCAAUUUGGCGUAGUAGACAGUGGGCGAAUAUUAGAAGUGGGGACUUUACAGAAGAUGGGAAAAAAUAGAGGGAGAAGUGAGCACGUUCAGAUCCAUUUACUAACUUACAUGACUUUUUUUACCUAUUUCCAGGAAGUGCCUUUCAAUACGACCUUUUACAAAUCGCCAAUUGUGAUUCUUUCCGUAAAUCAUGAGUAUAAUCUUAAGGUCAAGGGAAGUCGUCCUCCAGAAAAUAAUAUAAUAUCAGCCUGGCUAGAGGUAGGUUUGCUUUUUUAUUCUAACCUGAGAAAACAGCCCGCCCGACAUUUCGCGCAACGCCACCACUAGUUUUCCCACAAAAUGAGGAAAACCCCGAAAACCCCGUUUCACGACGCAAUUACUGGCUUUCCCGUGAAAAGACGUCUGUGGAACGAGUGUAGAAAUUCCAUACUGAUGACGUGUACUUCCCAGAUCAAGAUAGUGCUUCUGAUUGGUCAUGCUGCAAAAUAAAUUUUCUUUAACCAAUCAAAAGCACUGCAUGCCCAGAUCUGCGUAGUGACACAUCAUCAGUACGCAAUUUCUGCGCUCGUUCCUCAGACGUCUUUUUACGGAAAAGCCAGUAAUUGCGUCAUGAAACGGGGUUUUCCUCACUGGGUUAUAUUCUUGAUGGUCACUUGAGGUUAAUGAUAAUAAACAGGGAUUUUGUCAGUGCUUUGGUACAUUAUUCUAUUCAAUUGUUUGCUUGAACUCUCACGACACCUUUGAGACCCAAAAGCCCAUAUCCCUUGUUCAAUCAGGGGAGAGAAGAAAUCCGUUUAUUCUAGUAAAUUUGUAAAAGGACUGUGAAAACUGUGAAAAAGCCAUAAGAAAACAAUAAUUUGGAUCUGAUCCAUGAAUUUCAUGACUUAAAGGUAUCGUCGUAGAAAUCAAGAAGAAAUUAUGGAUUUUCUAGUAACUGAUGAGUGCUAUCACAUUUUGCUGUAGGAAGUUGGAUUAGAAUCUAUGAAGGUCUGCGUUAAAGACCUCAGUGGAUUAGGAUCGAGUCAUGAUCCCUUGAUUGUCAGCUACGCUGUUACUGGAGGUUGUUUAUAAUUUUCCUAUUGUAAUGAUCACUAUUUCUCGUAAGAACUAUUGUUAUUUUUAUUAUCAUUAUUACUAUUAUUUUUAUUGAUACCUUUUAGAAGUUCUUAUAUGUAGGAAUACAUUUCAUGACAUAAUUAAAGAAACACUGGAGUAAAAACACUGAUAUACCUUAUUCAUGUUACACUCUAUCUUUGCACGAACUUUAAGACUGGUCAUUGAUGGGAUAAGAGCAAUUAGAGGGCACACAAGUUAUAAAAUUGCCAAUACUAGUAAUCGAGUAAUCGCGGUCGGGUUUGUUUAUUCCCUCAAAAAAAAAAAAAAAGACGACCAUUUUUGUCACGCAAAAUGCAAAAUGUAAACUUUGACAAGUUCUACGUCACAAUUCCUUGCUGUGAAGAUUUCUACUGUCGCGUACUGUAUUCAAAAUCACUUCCACUCAUAUUUUGCCAUUUUCGAUUUUAAGGUCAAAACGUCUUAAUUUUCUAUAGUGUAGAUAAAGCAAACUCGACUGCAUUCUUGUAUUUACUGAUUUUAUCUCUUGCUUGCCCCCUGAGAAACCACGUAACAUUGCUUUAAUUUAUUCCAUCAGUCCUUAAGCGCGUACAGAGAUGGCGGGUAUCGUUAAUAAGGUCUACUAAGGAUAAAAAAAAGAACAUUAGUUGAGGUACCUACAAGCAAACAUGUUAUUACUACUGAACAGUAACUUAGUUUUAAUUGAAAUAUGAAAAAUAUAUUAGACAUUUAUGUUUUUUUCCGAAUGGAUAACUACUCAAUAUUAUGUUUUUUCUUUCUUGGUACAGACCUUAAUCCUUGCCUUAAUGUGCAUUGCCCACGAUUUGGAGUCUGCAGGACCUACAGUCCGCAUGACGCUCGCUGUGAGUGCGAUGACCAAUGCCCCUCAUAUAAAGAUCCAGUGUGCACUGCAAACGGAACAACUUACGACAACCGAUGCUGGCAUAAGUUAAGCUAUUGCAGAGGACUUGAAAAUAAUCUGGUUUAUCACCCUGGAAGCUGUGAAGGUAUAACGAAAAAUAAUUUCAACGAUUUUGUUUUGGCUGUAUUUGCCACAUAAAAUACUCUGGGAGUUAAGCUCUCGAUGGCUUAGAAUUAUAGCUGUUAACGUUGGCUUAAAACUGAUUGACUUCAAGCUAUGAUGUUUAUGACUUUUCGUUACUUUUAAGCUCGCUUUUAGCUCCUCACGCAGGCUAAACAACAACAGACAGCUGUAACAAGCUACUUCGUCUCUCUGCUUUGGCAAACAAACAUAUAGCAGCCCAGACUAUAGUCGAUGUUUGAUCUGUGUAAGAUCUUUUAUUCUCUUUUGUCUUGCAAUUUAGUUUUUAUCGCGUAAAAUUAGUUUUUCACAAAUUUGCUCGCGGCAAAUAUUGUGCAAAAAAGUGCAAAAGAGGAGGAAAUCAAAGACAAAGGUAGUAAAUAUCGCAUUUACAUACCAGUUUACAUAGAGUUGCAUAAUUGAGGGCAAAUGCAGUAUUUACUAUCUUUGCCCUUGAUUUCAUCCUCUUUUGCACUUUUUUUGUACCUUAUUAGCACUGAGUGAAUUUGCUGAAAAUCAAAUAUUUCCCGCAGUGGCGCGGGCUCCCAAUAUACUGGCAUAUGUUUAUCUUUAUACUGGCAUAUGUUUAUCUUGGGCACUGAAACCAGCACGCAAUAUUAAGCAGCCACUAUACAUUUCCUUGUUGAAAGGUAGCCGACAUUACAAGUUAUAGCCUAGUUUUAGUUCCAUUUCCACGCUUUUUUUAUCACCACCCUUCUUCACUUAGAGUUGCACUACAACGCAUGCUAGGGAAGCUACGUAAGCGAUAAUGCUUAAAGAGCACAGUGAUGCUUCCUUAUAAAGUAAUUAAUUUAUUACAAAACAGGUUUUCCGAUUGUUCGGGGCCGUGUAGAUCUGCUACAGGUUCCAAAAUGGUCAGAUUCAAACUGUCAGACAGUCACAUUUCCUCCAUACCGGUUUUAUCCGGAUAAACAAGUUCAUGUUCUAAUAACCGUCAAUCACAUGAAGCUGAAUGACUCUGUGACAGUCCACGACGCUGUUACUUCAUGGACAGAAAGUAUCAACACAAAAAACUUCACCGUCUGUGUCAUGCAAACCGGGAGGAAAGAAGAAGGUGCGAAUCCAUUUGCCACCAUUGAUUGGGUGGCUUAUCAAGGAGCACCACCCGAAGGCUUGACGGGAACGGUUGAGUUGCAGAAAUGGUGGUCUGGUACCAACUGCGCAGAUGUAACCUUUCCUACGGUGAGAUGGGAAUGUACAUAUUAAAUUAAAUAAUUGAUGCAAGUUCAAUUGAGGUCUCCAUGACGAAUGUUAGACUUUCAUUCAUGUGACAUCUUUAAUCCAUGUCUUGAAAAAAAAAAAACAACAACAACAACAACAACACCAAAAACAGCAAAAAGCAAAACAAAUAAAUAGUAAAUAAUUGGAAAAUUGAGUCUUGUGACCCUUAGCCUAAACAUGACAGAUUUAAUCAUGACUGGUCUACGUAACAAAAGAAGAAAAACAUCAAGAGCGAAUCUGUGAAGGAGAGACCUCCUUAACAUCCAUUUCAACAAAAUGAAGCGCUAAUCUGAUACAAAGAAGCAGCUUAUAACAACAACAACAAAACAACAACAACAACAACAAAAAAAACACAAAAUAUUUGUUUAUCUAUUUGAAUUAACUGAAUGUGGAAAGACAAGAAUUCACAUCUUAAGUUAAAGAACAUAUUAAAACUUUCCUUGAACUAAAAGAAUGAGACACAAAGUUAACAAAAAAUAAUCGAUCAUUACGAGGUAACUGGGGAGAUGAUUGCUAGAUCCUCUAAAAAGUUGUGACCGACUUAGCGACUUAGUUAACAAGACAACAUUAGGUAACAAGUAAGAAUGGGAACGUACUUAGUGGUUAGUUUCAAGUAAUUUUGCAGCUAUAUUUAAAAAAAAGCUGUUUUGAUUGUUGUUAUUGCUUUUUCUUCAGGGCAAGUUUGCCGAGGCGCCAAUAGUCCUUGUGACGUCAGAGCACCUGAGGACUGGUAAAGAGUAUGAUGCUGCUCUCAUUUGGAUUGAAGACGUAACAAAGGACUCAGUUAAAGUCUGUCUUCGUGAAAUGCAAAACUUUGACGGUAGACACGAAGAUAUCACUGUGGUACGUUCUUAGUCAGAUUUUAAAAAACUGGAACGCGACUGUCCACAAAAUUUGUGAGGAAUGCUCGCCUGGUUUUGUUAAAAAUAACAGCGUUAAGAGGAAAAAGCAUUGCUAAUUAAAAAUUGUCCGGUCGAUCGCGAGUGAUGAUCAGUCAAACGAAAGGCAAUGCAGAAAGAAAAACAUAAAAAGAAACGGAAAUAAUAAUAAUAAUAACAACAAAAAUACUAAUGAAUAAUAAUAAUAAUAAUAAUAAUAAUAAUGAAUAAUAAUAAUAAUAAUAAUAAGAAGAAGAAGAAGAAGAAGAAGAAGAAGAAAUGAAUUGAAUAGCAUUACGGGUGGUGAAUUUUAAAUAGCACACAAAUUGGUCUUCCUUGUCCCCAUUCCUCCCUUCACGCUCUUACGUAAUUCGCCUGAUGUCUCAAAAAAAUGUGGAUUUGCAUCCUUUUCUUGACUCUUUGCGCUCUUUGUUAUGUCACAACUUCAUAGAGUUCAAAAUACUUAGAUUCAAAGGGGCCUAAAAAUGAUAAGUUUAUUUGAAUUUUUUGUUGGUGUAAUACGAUUCUGUCAUGAGACUAUGGGUGGCAUCACUUUUGUUUUUACCUCUUUUCACAGAACUGGUUUGCCUUCUCUAAACUGCACAAGCCUCUUUUCACCGAACAUGGUGUCAUAAGUUUUCCAAAUACGAACCCACCUUUGGAUAAAAUGAACAAUGCUUAUUGCCAGGUGAGAAAAGAAUUCUUUGCAAAAGCAGUGAGUAGCAUGCUGUUCACAGCAUUUUCCCUCACAGAUAUAUCGCUUACUUACAUCACUGUUUAUAUUUUCAAAACACUUUUAGUCAUAUACACUUUACGCAAUAGAGAUCAAAGUGACUAGAAAAGUAAAGAAGCUGGUCCACUAAACAAUACUUUAAGACAAGAGGUCAAAAACUACAGACUGAUAACGUCCCUCUUAACCAUCGACAAAGUGUUUGAGCAACUGCACUGUAAACAGGUGACUGUGAAACUCGACCACAUCUUUUCUAGCCUAAGCAAUGCGAAAGAGACACAGCUGUGAGACCACUCUACUACGUCUGAAUGAGGACUGGAAGCUAGCAAUAGACAGAAAAGAGCUAGUAUGUAUUCUAUCGACUGAUAUGAGUAAAGCGUUUGACUCUCUCAGCCACUCGCCGACACUAACAAAGCUUGAAGCAUACGGUUUUGAGUCCUCAGCGUUGGACCUCACGCGAUCAUUCUUUAACAACCGCCAAAAUGUUCAACCCCCCGGCUCUGGAACGUAUUUCAGAAUGACCUGCCCUGCUCCAUAACUACCGCUAAACUUUCGAUAUAUGUAGACGAGCACCAGUUGUACACCUCACGGACUAAUUUUACAGCUGAAAGGGAAGCCUUAGAGCAGGAAGAUCAACUUGCCGCGUCUUGGUAUCGUGAUAAUGUUCUACUCCCAAAUCCUGACAAAUUCCAGGCGAUGAUCCUUUAUAAUAGAGAUAUUGACAUUGAAGGCUAAUACACUGAUAUAGGCAUAGAUGGUAGGGUCAUUACAAACACAGAUUACAUCAAACUACUUGGCGUCCACAUUGAUUGCAGUACGAACUUCAGUAAUCAUAUGAGUGAACUGUGUAAGAAAGUCAGUAAGAAAGUAGGGAUAUCCUAAUGCGCCUGCGCAAUCUUGUUUCCUGCUCAGCCGUAAGUCUUCUAUAAGUCUUCCAUCCUGCCUUACCUUACCUACUGCCAGCUGGUAUGGCACUUCUGCAAGGCCUCAGACAGCAGGAAAAUAGAACGCCUUCAAGAACGUGCCUUAAGAGCGGUAUACAGAACUAAGUCUGCCUCUUACCAGACAAUACUAAAAUAUCAGGACUAACCAAGUUGCAAAAUCGUAGAUUGCAGGAUAUAGCAAUACUUUUGUACAAAGUCAAGAACAACCUCGCCCCUACCGACUUAGCAGAACUUUUCAAUUUAAAUGAUUGGAGGUAUUCUCUGCGAAACAAGGACUUUCAUUUACCUCCUAGAUUCAAUACUGUAACCUACGGCAAACAUUCGUUUCGUUCCUUUGGACCUUUACUAUGGAAGAGACUAAACAACAAAGUCAAGUAAUCACCUAGUCUUCAGUCUUUCAAGAACGCUAUCAGAUAUUUAGAUAUUUCUGGUAUUUUAUUAUUUUUUCAUUAUUAGCUUCGCCAAAAAAAACAAACAAACAAGCAAACAAACAGAAAGAACAUUGGGUCAAGAUACUAAUAAAAAAAUAAAAGCAAGAAAUAUUAAAAAACACAGCGAUACAAGAAAAACUACAGCUAGUAUAUUUACAACAAGUUAUUGGACGAGACAAGGGACGAGCACUGUUACAUUUUAAACAGAUAGACUUGAACGAACGUGGGUCUUCGCAAUCAUAAGAAACAGCUAACGCGGACUUAUAGUAAUUAAAAAUAACCUAUUUAAAGGAAGCUAAGGUCGAUGAGCUUAAAUCUAGUUCAUCCACUAAAACAAUUCCAAAUUCGACAAGUUCAAAUGAGAAAGGAUUUCUGGUACGUAGUAGCUUUACAUUUCUUAAUUAUGUAUUUAUUAACAUUGCUGGUUGACGAUCUAGUGCGUCUACCGUAUUUGCGAACUUCAGGUUAGGACAGAGGAGUUCACGUUCAAGACCGUGUGACACUUAAAAAAAAAAAAAAAAAGGUUAGAUCUAAAAGUUCAUGCCUGUAACAAAUAGGUAUUAGGUUUAGAGUUUGGAAACGAGACUUAAAACUUAUAUUAGAAGAAUAAGUCGUGCGUCUUUGGACACGCUCAAGCUUGACAAUGAGCUCGAUGGACUGCGGGGCCCAAAUUUGGGUGGCGUAUCCCAAAUGUGGCCUGACUAGGGCUGGGUAUAGCGUUCCUCUUACGUCGGUUCUAAGUAUGAACCUCGUGUUCCUCUUUAAGUAUAAAUUCGUUUAUUAGCACGCGAAGAUUGUUCGUUUACUUGUUUGUACCAUGUCAGAUCCUUACUAAUCCAUACGCCCAAAUCUUUUUCUGCAACAUAUCACAAGUGCGGUGUUGUUGAGUUUGUAAGAGGAUAAUAUCGGCUUUAUUUUCCUUUUUAUGUGCUGCGCCUUACACACUUAGCUUCGUUAAAAGAAGACCGGAUGAUUGAGACCAAGUUACAAGCUUACCAAGGUCUUUCUGGAGAGAAGAGACGCCCCUCAAAUUCUUAAUCUCUCUGAAUAUUUUUGUGUCGUCAGCAAACAUCAUUACUCGACUACUAGAACUGAUGACUUCAGGAAGGUCGUUGAAGUAUAAGAGGAAGAGCCGGCUGGUCCAGAGGUAACAGGAAGAUCCUCUGAAGCGGCGCCGAGUACCCGUAACGCGUUGGUGUCCACCUGACAGUUAAGAGCAGAACCAGUUAAGCAGGUUGCCACCCAUACUGGCCUGGAUUAGCUUAUGGACGAAGCGCCUGGGACUGACUUUGUCGAAAGCUUUUGACAUAUCAAGGUAGAUGGUGUCAACCUGGCCGCCACUAUCUAAAUUAGUGAACCAAUGUAGCCAAAAGCCUCAAGCAAGUUGGUGACGCAGGAUCUUCCAGUACAAAAACCAUGUUGUUUAGGUGAAAUUACAUGGUACAGGUGGUCCUUGAUGCUAUUCAACACACAACGCUCAAAGACCUUGGACACCAUUGGGAGUAGAGAGAUGGGACGGUAAUUUUCCACGUGGUCUUUUGCACCCUUUUUGUGGACAUGCACGACGUUAGCUAGUUUCCAGUCCCUCGGGAGAGACCCUAGUUGAAGUGAUUUGUUGAAGAUCCUACAUAAGGAAGGAGCAAUCAUUGAGGCAGUCUCCUUGAGCAAUUUAGCAGGGAUUUCGUCCGCCCUGUGGCUUUACCGACUUCUAGUGCUUUGAAUGCAGCUAGAAUCGUAGAUUCAUUGAGAGUUAGAUCGGAUAUAAUAGUGUCCGAACGUAUGCACGCUGUCUUCUCCACUGCGCUGUCGAUAGUCAAUACAGAGGCAAAAACAACUGUUAAACAGGUCAGCUAUUCCCGCAGGUGUAUCAGCACUUACUCUUGAGGGGUUCUGUGACUGGUCAGCGGAGUAGUCUGGGACGGUUACCAUGGAAACACGGCCUGGGAUGGGAUGAGAUUUAGAGUUAAGCUUCAAAUUGACCAUAAGCGCUUGAGAUUGAAUCUAAAGCCAGUGUCUAUGGAGUCGCAAAAGUAAUCACGGAUUUAGCGAAGCAGUUUCUUAACUUGCGCCCGCAGAGACUUAAACUUAUCCCUCAGGCGGGCGUUCGGAUGUGACUUAAGUUUUUGGCGAACUGAGCUCUUUUUCUUGAUAAGGUUUAAAAUGUUACUAUCUAUCCAAGGAAGCGGGUUACGGCCUUUCAGUCUCUUCAAUGCCACGAAGUCCUCGACAGCAGCUAGUAAUAAGUCCUUCCAGCACCGCCCGUCAUCAUCUAUAUUGUUAUGGCCCACAAUAGAAGAGAGAUUGAUUGCCGAGAGAGCUUCACGCAAACCUUUAAAAUCACCAAUUGCGUACUCGUGGACAUAUUUGCGCGGGUGUGAGGACGCAUUAACAAAAGAAUUGUACUUAAACAGGACUACACAAUGAUCCGUAAACACAUCGGCUUUAUCAGGUGAGAACACCUCGGUCACUUUUGGUGUGUUCUGGGGCACUUGUUAUCACUAGAUCAAGAAUGUUACUACCGCGAGUUGGUAUGUGGUUAAUUUGCGUCAAGAAGUGGUCAUGUAAGGCCUCGAUAAAUGGCAGUUGGUUAUCACCUGAAGCGCUAUCCACGGAGUCCCAGGAGAUGUUCGGCAAGUUAAUAUCACCACAAAUUACCAUAUUUUGAAACUGAUCGCAGACUUGAUCUAGAAAGGUGUUAAAUAAAUAUACCCAACUAGGGUCUGAAUCCGGAGGCCUGUAACAGGAACAGAAUAAUAAUGUAAUCUUCGGAUCAAAUUUAGAAGAAAAUAACUGUGACUGUUGUGACCUUUGCAGAUACUAAUUUUAUGAUUUUAAGAUUUUUAAGAUUUUAAUAUGUAUUAUCAUGAAUUACUAUGUAUUUUAGAUUAGUGUGCCCAAUUAGAAUAUAUCAUUAUAAUUAGUAUUAUCAUAGAUUAUUAUUAUUAUUGUUAUUAUUAUGUAAUUUUGGAUAAGUGUCCCCAAUUAGUCAUAUACGUUUGACACUUAAACAAAGUUCUUAUAUCUUUUUAUAUUGUUAUAUCAGACAUAUCAAGACAUCAAAAUGGCAGUUUGUUCUGUUAAAAUGAUUAAUCGCAAAUAUUGCUUGUUCAAUUGGGACUUCAAAAAUAAACACAUUGAAGGGAACUGAAGCUUUUAGUGAUUAAGGAACAGGACGUGUUAAACGUUUUACGUUUCUCUUCCAUGGCAGUUCGUUUCAUUCACGAGAGCUUAUAACUCGACUCCAACAGUUCUUGUCUCAGCCAAUCACAGCACGACGGCAUCUGGGAAUUCAGCACCAAAUCACAACGGAAUUACAACUUGGAUCGAGGUAAAAUUUUCCGUAAUUGAGGAGGAUUGUGGGGAUGUAUCGAGGCAAACAAAUUUCAAACUAAAACUCGACGAAAGAUAUAACUGAACAGAGACACACGCUUGCUUGAGGCGAUGUAUAGGUCGAUAAUAGGUGUGGCGCAAAAAUGUACCGAGUGAAGUUGAGAUUGCUUAUUGGUUUCCUUUUGACGUUAAUUAUCGAAUACGAUUAUGGUGUCGGUACAAAAUAAUAUCUUUAAAUUAUCAGCAGGGGCCGCGCGCGGUGGGCUCGAACUUCAGAUCUGAUUGUGCGGUUUUAAACGUUACUUUAGAGCUCUUUCCUUGGACACGAAACUUUGCUCCAAUUAUUUUGCUGCUUUCUUCAUCAACAGGGAUCUUUAGCUCCGUCCUUCUGGGCCUCAUAGCUCAUUUGUGCCACUGCCGUGCCCCUUAUCAGGGUAAAAAGGAUAUUUUGGAUAAAAUUUCGAUCAUUAAUUCACCAUAUAUUUUUUUAUACCUUUGUUAUUUCUAGAGGAUUCUUUAAUUACUUUCAUCAAACCACAGAGUUAAUUCACGGCGAAUCUUCGCAUCUCUAUGUUACAUAAGAAGACGUAGGAGAACGUUUUAAAAAUAUUCUGGUAUUCUCUUCCUGUUAAUUCAGUUGUUUAUGACUACAAUUUUAGCUGUACUAAACUACGUUGAGUGCUUAUUAUUUUUUUUCAGAACAUGAAUACCUCUGGAUUCAGAGCCUGUGUCAAGGAAUUAUACGGGACCAGAUAUGACCCCUUGUCCGUCGGUUAUGCCGUGCUCACAGGUCUGUAAUAUUACUGAGUUCAUUUAUGAAGUAGUUUUUAGCAAAUGAAAAAAGAAACGUUAUUUCUUACCGGAUUCAUCUGGAAAUACUUUGGAAAUGCCCUAAACUAAUAACACAAUGCAAGUUGAUGGUUUUGCAAGUCAUGGCGGAAUCAAGAGAGUGGACCUGUUGACAUGAAAAAGAUUCUUGAAAUUCUUUCAAGUUAUAAUUGUCCUACCCCUCGAAGAAUUUCACCGUUUAAUUUAAAGUUUUCUUAAAGGAUGAAUAACGAGGAUGAAAGACCUUGCUAGAAAUUAAAAGCACCAUGCUUAAAACAUCGUUUGAAUUUUGUGUUUCUUUAAAAUAAUACAGUCUGUACAUAAAAGUUCGAUAUAUUUUAUCUCUAUGCAAGUGGUAUAUCCCUGUCGCUAGUCUUCUAUCCAAUAAUAUCUUACUACUACCUUGAAACCAUUAAGCUUUGGAAAACAUUUUCUCAUCACACUCCUAACAGUACUGCGAGCGACAUGCUGCAAAGGAUUUACCAAUCUGGCAGUUUAUUUGAAUGUAUAUAUUUUUGACGCUUACGUUUAUCUGUAUUUCGCAGACAUCUGUGAACCUGGCUGGAACUAUUUCAACGGCUUUUGCUAUUUCACAAGUAAGACUUGUCAAAAUUGGACCACAGCACUGGAUAAAUGUCGACAAGAAAACUCGGCUCUUGUUGAUGUCCAAAAUAACGAAGAAAAUGUGUUUUUACAGCAUCUACACAGUGGAGCAAAAUCCUGGCUGGGAUUGAAUGAUAUUUUCACGGAGGGCUCCUUUACUUGGGCAGAUCGUGGUACUGGGAACUUUACAGCUUGGGCUAAAAACCAACCGAACAAUUUUCGGGAUGAAGACUGUGUGCAUACUCUUGGUGUUGAAUAUAAAUAUGAAUGGAAUGACGUGAAAUGCAGUGACUGUCAUCAGUAUACUUGUAAGAAAGGUAAGAUGUGAUGUAUAAGUUUAGGAAUGCACAAGAUAGAGGAAAGUCUACCUAACAAAACGCAUUUUGAUGUGUUAAUCCUGAUAAAUAUAUAGUUUUUUUUUCAUCUUGAACAGAUCUGAAUGAAUGCAGUAGGGACAAGUAUUACUGCCAUCAGGUCGCCAGCUGCACAAAUUAUCGUGGUUCAUUUACUUGCACUUGUGAUCAAGGCUACUUUGGAGACGGCUUUGAGUGCGAGCUCAAUUACGCAAGUAUGAUCAGAUAUAAAAUUGCAGCACUGCAUGUUAAAGAUGAAAAGCAGGUUAAUUGAUAGUAAUCUAUUCUCACUGGGGCCAUCAGCAAACAAUGCCAGUAAUUCCAAUAAGAAGUGGGAGACUCAGCCGCAGGCGGUUGGAGCGGGGAGCUCCUGGUAAAGAGUUAGUUCAUCAUGCGGGGAAAUAGGUAGAGCGCGUAAAAAAGUUUAGGAAACACCCAUACAAAUUUUCUGAGCACCCUAUUAAUCGAGAAGCGAAACUGGCAUUUUUUAUACAAGAAACCCACCAUACACAGACACGUAUAGAAAAGAUAGCAGCGGGCUAUAGGCGGCGUGGUAGUAUCACGCUAUUUUAUAGCAGAGUUCCGAGAGAGAAUAGCAGGGUACUGAAAAGUACUAAAAUACCCAAUGGAAUCUACUCAACGAAGAGACGAACAUUCCACAACAGUGCCAAGGGAAAAGGCGACUAUUAUGCCACGAUGAGACAAACUUAAAAUGGUCAACCAGAGUUUAAUACCAUCAACUGACGUGAUACAAUUCACUUUGACUCUGGAGAUGAUUACCGUACAGGUUUUGAAACGUCAGUCACUGAUCAUGCUCCACCUACUUUUGAAAUGACUUCUGAGUUCAAAUCUUGCACAGUUUACACUUUGUUUCAAAGGAAUCAAGCAACAAGCUGCUCAGUUUUAUCCUAUGACCAUCACCACAACUAAUUCAUCGUUUUCACAUCGGACAAGAAUCGGACGAGAAUUUUGUUUGCUCUUACGUUUUCAAUGGCCAUUCAUAGCUUCCACUGCUUUAAGUUGCAACGUCUAAAUUUUUAGUACAAAAUUAAGAGUUCCCAAACUCCCAUUGUAAACGCUAUGCUAUGGAAAAGAGUAGCUACGCGUGCGACUUGAUAUCCUAUUCCUCUUUACGGGUCUACAUUUUUGCUGUUUAAUUCGAUGUCCUAAUUAUUUUGCAUAUUGGGCCUUAUUAUAAUUGCCCCUAGUUUUAGACUUGUUGUGAGGGAAGUCGCUCGAGAGAUGAUAAUAUUACCUACCAAGGUCAGGAUACGAUUCGCACUGAAAAAAAGUUUUUCACAUUCCCGGGUCCGUGAGUUCACUUUCACUAUCAAACACAGCCGAAUUAGCUCAAUUGGAUAAGCGCAGGUCCGCUGAGCUGGAGGCCACUUGUUCAAUUCCCCACCCAGACCAACAUUUAGGGUCUUUAAAUUACCGAGGAGAAUGGGCUGCUUUUGUAAAUACAUCUGCAAACGGUUAGACUUUCUAGUCUCCUUGGAUAAGGACGACAAGCCGUAGGCCCGUCUCACAACCGUUGCACAUAUUCUUGGUUUUCACACUAGUCACUACAAUUCAAACUAAAAAACUAUCGAUCCUACCGAGAUUUUACUUUCACGAUGCAUUAGAGCAGCUGAAAACUAAUUUUCAUACAAAUUUUCGCUUGAAAAGGGUUCUUGGUUUUGUGAUAGAGUACCAGCUUGAAUUUCUAAGCUUUUGCGUGACGCGGCAUUUACAUGACGGCCAAGAGAGCUGUCAUGUAGGUUGUAGGUUAUGUUGGGACACUAAAGAACCCACGCAAUGUUCGUGAAGAGUACGGGAAGCAGUCCCCGUUGUUGUGGCCCCGUUCGUUCAUUUUCACUAUUAACCGCCGCCAGAUUAGAUCAAUUGGAUAAGCACGGGUCUGCCAACGUAUCAGGAGGUACGAUAAGAUAAGCACCAACUCAGGGUCUUUAACUUACUGAGGAGAAAUUGUUGCCUUUGAAAAGACAUCUGCAAAAGGUUACACUUUUUAGUCUUCUCAGAUAAGGACGAUAAACCGUGGGCCCCGCCUUACAACCGUUGCACAUAUAAUUUUUUGGGCCGUAAAAGAGCCCACGCUUUGUUCCUAAAGAGUAGGGAAAGCUGUUCCCGGUGUUGUGGUCUCUCUUUCAUGACGGGCGGGACUGUUUUAAGCCCGCGUUAACUAACGCCAUGCGCUGUUGCGGUGACCAGGCCAAGAAUUUGCGAACCUAAGUAAAAUAAAUCACUGAUAACUCUGUCUCUAACUUUUUUAGGGGGGUUGAAACACUCUACUAUUGUGGGGAAUGAUGUUAACUACUUACAAUAUUUAAGCACGUGGCUCAAACCUGUUGCUCAGAGCAAAUCUUCACGAUGGAAGCGCUGUUGGCGAGCGUCCGUGGACGGCUGGGCUGCCAGUACUUUUCACAGCCGAUGUAACUACAAAGGACCAACUGUAACAAUCAUAAAAGUCGGCGGGAAGUACAUAUUUGGUGGGUACACCAGCCUCUCAUGGGGUAAGUGCAAGGACUUUCUUAAAUUCGGAUCAUAACAACGAAAGGAAGUAUAGCUUGUAUGUUUCCCAUGUCAGACCAGGUGAUGUUACCCAAGAGAACUGUUUCGUUCACGUGUCGGCUAUCCACGUGUAAAUGCAUUGCACUGAUUACAAAAUGACAAAAGGCAAAUCCCCUUGAGAACAUCAAGCGGAUUCGGAAAAUUUUAUAACAUACAAGCCGAAAAGAUCUAUUGCCGACAGGCCGGUUACUUUUUCAACUCUUACACAAUUUGACCGCGUGUUGAAGUCCUAAUGCCAAUCUUUCUUUGUACGACCUCUCUACCCACACGACCAUCCUCCUUUAUAUCAAAAUAGUUUUAUCGACUUAUCCUUUCAAUAUUGGUAAAAUGAAGAAGACUAUAAAAAUUGAAUUAAUUUAAAUUACAAAAACGAAAAUCAUUUUCUUCAGCUUAAUGAUAUGACUUUUUUCAUAUAAGAACAGGUUAAUAAGACAGUGCUUAGAGACUUUAAACUGUUAGAGGCAAUUUAAGAAAUAUUGAAUUCAGGCUCCUCAUUCAGGUUUGUUUUGUUGGUAAAAAUUUACUUAAUAGGACCUGUUCAAAGCAAAUAAUCACCGCAGAUGACUUGUACCUAUAUGAUAGUAUUUAUUAUUAAAACCCUUAAAGGAAAAAGACAUGGACAAAAAUGAUAACGAUUAUGAUGAUCAUCAACAACAAAAAGGUUACUUUUCGUUGGUUUUUGCUAAUAUGCAUUUUCCACAUUGGUCUUAGGAAGGGUUGACAUUGGUCUUAGGAAGGGUUCACGCUUUUCCUUAAUUAGGGAAAACAUUGUUCAGUUAGGAGUGAUUUUUUGUAAAAGGACAAGAUAUGCUGGAAAUGAUAUCACACAGCUUGCACAAUCACCCCAGAAAUGAGUGUUUGAGCUGUGUAAUUACCAAAGAAAGGUCUUUGGCAGGAUUAAUAUGUCGCUCGAUAAUAUAUAUUUUUUUGUGGAGCAGCCUUCAAAAGACGGAAGCGAUAUUUUGCUUUCUUUGGUGCAUUCUAGUUUGGGGGAAAAUAUUUGGAAACCUAAUGCAGGAUUUUUUUCUAAGCUACUCGUUGUGAAUCAGUUUUAUUUUACUCAAUUUUUCUUUGCAGGUUUCGUUUUCAAAAACGUACGUCUCUCCCCCCAAUCAUGAAUGCAUAGUAUAAAACCCAGCAACGACAUGGUUGUCUAUUAGGUUCAUCUUUUUAAGAUCUCCAUAAAUUCGAAUGUUAACGUCUAAACUUUAAUCACCCUUUUCAUUAUUUUCCUUCAGUUUCCAGCUGCCAGUAUCGAUAUGAUUCAUCAGCAUUCCUAUUCUCGCUGGUUAACAAACCAGGAUGGGCACCUGUAAAAAUUCUCCAGCGAGGAUAUUAUUACAGCCAUUACUCUUAUUCCAUAUACGACUGCUCAUCCUAUGGGCCUACUUUCGGAGGUGGACAUGACAUUUACGUUGACAACUAUGCGUCAUCCAGUAGCAGUUCCCAUACCAACCUUGGUCAUACUUACAGCGCACCAAGCGGGUACAGCUAUGGAAACAGCUUCAGCUACACAUUCCUGCACGGACAGAGUAAUACGAAUAAUUUCACGCCAGACGAAAUAGAAACGUUUUACGAAACAACCUAA